AUGCAGCACCAGAAGAAGUGUGAAGAAGAAGUGCUCCUCCAGGAGAAGUCUAAGCUUGCGUGCCCGCGCUCAAGGUACUCGAGCUGGAGCCAGUGGUGGCAGAGAUUGCUGGCUGUGCUCGCUGUAUUUCUGUGGGUUGGACUCUGCCACGGCCACAUCGCCCAAGAUAUAAAUAUCUGCCAGGAGCGAUACAGCGGUCCUGCAGAUAGAAUCUGCACGAGUAUGGACCUGAGGAACAACAUUAGCGCUCUGGACAACUUGUGUAGAUGUCGCAUCAUCGACGGUCAUCUCCACUUUGUCCUUCAGGAGCAGAGUGACAACUCUUCCCUCGAGCGCCUCUCUCUGUACUCCUUCCCUGGCCUGAGGGAGAUAACUCACCACCUUCUCAUCUACCGCGUCUUCAACCUCACCUCCCUUGGCCGACUCUUCCCUAAUCUCGCACUCAUCAGGGGAGACGUCCUCUUCCACAACUACGCUCUUGUCAUCUACGAUGUUCCUAACCUUCAAGAGGUGGGCCUGGUCUCCCUCUCCGUCAUCCUAAGAGGCUCAGUCCGGAUAGAGAGAAACCCGAAGCUGUGUUACGUUCACACCGUCGACUGGAGCCACAUCACCGCUAACCGCUUGGCCGAGAACUAUAUUAAUCGCAACCGUCACGAAUCUGAAUGUCCCGCCUGCCCUGAUGAGUUGGGUUGUCUCCGUUCGAGGCGUUGUGGAGCCCCACGCUGCUGGGGACCCAAAGACUGCCAGGCCUUGUGCGGAAGCGAGUGCCCUGGAGGGUGUGUUGGAGAGCAGUGUUGUCACGAGGAGUGCCUAGGCGGCUGCCUCUCCCCCGGGGACCCCACAACUUGCCAUGCCUGCAGGAACCUCCUGGAGCAGGGACGCUGCACCCACACGUGUUCCAGCCCCAAGUUUAAGGUGUCGAAGCACAGGUGUGAGAGUCGUGAGGUGUGUUCUGCCAGCUACGCCAUCAAGUGGGACACUCAGGAGUGCGUGGAGCGCUGCCCGACCGGCUACAACCAGACCAUCCUCUCUUGGGAGCCUCGCACCGUUACCCAGUGUAUUCCCUGCAAAGGGUUGGUGUGUGAGAAGCACUGUCCAGCUGUCACUGUCAAGAGCAUUAGUCACGCUCAGACCCUGAGGGGAUGCACCAUCAUCGACGGCUACCUCACCAUCUACAUUAAUGGUGGAGAAAACAUCGAGAGGGAAUUGGAAGAGAACCUAAGCAGCAUCCAGGAGAUCACUGGCUUCCUCAAGAUCUUCCGCUCCAACCUCACAUCCCUCGGCUUCCUUAGCAACCUCACUAGGAUAGGCGGCGAGAUGCUCCUCUACAGCAAUUACUCGCUGAUAGUGCUUGACAACCCCAGCCUGCAGACCCUGUGGAACACUGCUAACCUCACCAUCGACAACGGCAGAGUCUUCGUCCAGUCCAACCCAAAACUCUGCCGCUACCACAUUGAACAACUCGUUAACGACGCCAACAUCACAGGCCUAUCAGAGACCGACGUCUCCUUCACCUCCAAUGGCGACAAGGUUCCAUGUAAUGUGACGAUCCUCAACGCCUCUGUCAGCUCCUCGCCCCUGUAUGGCACACUGACUGUCACCGUCGCCUCCACGUCUCUUCCCCCUGACACCGUGUACUACGUCAACUACAAAAAGGCAGAUAAGAACAUCUCCCUCUAUGAGAAUGAGGGACCCUGUAGAGACCAGGGGUGGUCAACGAUGGAGAUGGGUGUCGGGAUUGCCACAAUUGUCAACCUGGAACCAUAUACCCGCUAUGCCGUCUACGUAAAGACCUAUUCCCUGGUUGCUAGUGCCAAGGUCGCCCAAUCUGAUAUCCUCUACGCCACUACCAGCCCAUACAACCCGACGGAACCAGUACAUUUGGAGUGGACAUCACCAAGCAGCUCUAGCCUGGAAGUGUGGUGGGAGCCGCCCCGCCGCCCCAAUGGUGUCAUCGACCACUACCUGGUGACGCUCACCCUGUUGCCCAACACCCCAAGGAUUCCUCCUGACCUUGACUUCUGCAGCCAGGAAACAAGGGCCUACGUUGACAAGAACAUAGUUGUCAUGGGCGCGGAUGUGGAGGCUACUGUGCCUGUGAGAACCCACACGGUGAAGGAGGCGGCGCCGCAGAAGGAGUCCGCGGGCGUGGAGGACGACGACUUGUGUCGUGCGCCGUCAGCGUCUUCAUGUUGCGUUUGUCAAAAGGUUGGUCCUGGUGAAGACCAGGAGGUGAUGGGGCAGAUAGGCUUCGAGGACUUCAUCAUGGAUAACGUCUACGUUAAGAAAAUCAACAGGUCCCGACGAGUGACUGGUUGGAAUCUUAGCAUCGGUGACGAGGAGCUCGAAGUUAAGUUUCGGGGCGCCCGAGUGCCGCAGGAGGAUUCCACUAUCCUCCAUCAAACUGGAGAUGACAGGCUUUCCGGGUUAUUAUCGGGUCAGCAAGAAGAGAACGAAGAGCUCAUAUUUCACCAGAGUAAAGUGGAAGAGUUCCCGUUCCACCAGGGACAAACGGUACACGAAUUCCCAAUCCAUGCUGGCAUUCAAGCAGACUAUCAGGCCCAUGAGGAGGACCUCACGCAGCACGACCGGAACCAUGGCCAUAUAAGCUCUUUACAUUUAGAGUUUGUACGCAUGACUCAGGAGCCUCGAAUGAGUCUGCACCAUCUGCUGCACUACUCACUAUACUCGGUGGAAGUGGUUGCAUGUCAGGCGGCCACCAGAGUGCCCAUUGUGGUCCAGCCGGGGCGCAUCUCCCUCGUCAACAAACUGUGUUCCUCCAUCCCCGCCCGGGUGGCUGCCUUCACCAGGGCUAAUGGAGUGGUGGACAACGUCCCUGAAGGGUCCGUGCGUCCUGAGGUCCAGAACACUACUGCCAGGGGCUCUGUGGUCUUCACAUGGGACCCUCCCAACAACCCUAACGGCGGAGUGGUUGCUUACAUCUUUAAAAUCCUGGGUAGGGUGCACAUUGAGAGGUGUGUCAGCAACCAAGUGUUCGAAGACCAAGGUCGCAAGGUGGAAUUACAUGAUCUUUCUCCUGGUAAUUAUUCGAUUUGGGUCAGAGUGAGGUCAAAGGCCAUGUACGGCAACUUCUCCAAUCCAGUUUUUUUCGUAAUUCCGGAUGAUACGUCUUCGAAGGAGUUCGGUCUGGGGGUGAUCUCAGUGGUGGUGGCGUGGGUGAUAGUGGUGGCCAUUGUAUGCUGGUCCUGGCGCCGAUACAAUGCUAGGUACAACAUUCCUGACACUGUCGAUAAAGUCGACAUCAACCCGUACUACUGCGAGGGCUUCGCUCCAGCCGAGAUGUUCCGCCAGGACUUAAUUUUUUGGCGCGGGGACCUGAAGGUUUUUCAUGACUGUCCUCUUGGCCAUGGCGUCUUCGGGAAGGUGUUCGAGGGAGAGCUGAGUCGGGACGGCCAGCAGACAAGGGUCGCUGUGAAGACCCACAGCGACACAGCCACUAACGACCAGGUCCGCCAAUUUCUUAAGGAAGCCGCUCUUAUGCAGAACAUCUCGUGUCACCACGUGGUGAGGCUCCUGGGCGUGGUGGGCGACUACACUCCCGUCUAUGUGGUCAUGGAGCUCAUGCCGCUCGGCGACCUCAAGUCCUUCUUGAAGAAGCAUCCGCCUAACUUUCUUACCGGCCAGAAGAUGGUGGAGAUGGCGGUGGAGGCUGCGGACGGGAUGGCCUACCUUGCGGCCUGCAGGCUGGUACACAGGGAUCUUGCAGCUCGGAACUGCAUGCUUGAUCGAGACCUCACACUUAAGAUCGGCGACUUUGGUCUCUCCCGGAAUCUCAAAUCAAAUUACUAUAGGAAAGAGGGCCAGGGAGUACUCCCGGUAAAGUGGAUGUCGCCCGAGAGUCUACAGUUCAGUGUGUAUAGCACCCAGAGUGACGUGUGGAGCUACGGCGUCCUACUGUGGGAGAUGGCCACCAGAGGCCUCACUCCAUACAAGAAUCGGACCAACGAUGAAGUGAUCCGGCUGGUGGUGGAGCGGUAUGCCACACUGGACCGCCCGAGACACUGUCCUCGGCCUCUUGAGAGAGUUAUGAGGAGGUGUUGGAGGUACGAGGCCAGGCAGAGACCUUCCUUCCUCUCUAUUGUCAAGUUCCUCCUCAAGCACACAUCGGCAGAGUACCAACAUCGCUUCGAGGGGCUCUCCUUCUAUCAUAGUCGCUAUAGCGACUACUCCAGGUGA